AUGCCUUCAUUCGAGUCUCCUCGUCACUACAACGUCCCUUGGCCGCAGUGUCCUCGAGAGCCACGGAAACGUAGUCUGUCAGAGACUGCCUCCCAUACCUCUGUUGCCGAGCCCAAGCGACCACGGACCACCUCUGUCUCAGCAGCUGCGGCAGCUGCCGUUGCUGCUGCUCAAGGUUUGGUCCAAGCCCCACGGCAUCGCCGAGCGAGUGUUGCUGGGCAUCCUGUUGGCCUGGGUGCUUUAGCGCAGCAGCAGCGAUUCAUAGCCGAGAUGGGAGGAGUUGCAGGUUCUUUUGAGGAACCCUAUCAAGCCAACCUCUUCACUCGACAGGUCGUGUGUCAUGAAGACCUCAUCGGAAGGGUCAUAGGAGUUAAUGGUGUUAACGUUAAGCGUAUCGAGGCCAACACCUCCUAUUCCCAAGCAGCUGUUGACGAUUGCGCGGCUUGCAUUGAGCAACUCGUCACCAACAUUCGACAGGAGAUACUGAGGACUAAUAGGGCGAGUUUACUCCCUAGAGAAGCUGUUCUAGUCGUACCGGGCUUCAUUCAGUCAGCGUUGAUCGGUCCGAGAGGUUGCGUCUUGCGAACCAUCGAGCACGACUCUAGUACUCGUAUCCAACUGGAUAAGGGCUCAGUCGUAACUGGUCGCUUUGAUGAUCAAAUGGUUGACGCCAAGUAUGGUGGUCAUCGGAUCACCAUCAAGGGCGCUGAUUAUGUCAGCCUUGGAUUAGCUGCUGAGUAUAUAGCGUUAGUGAUCAUUGGGAGGUACCCUAUAGAUUUUGCUAUGCAUCGCUUCAUGAGCGGGUAUAAGAUGGAAACCUAUCGUGGAAUGUCGGUGGAAGAGUCGCUGGUCUACCGUCAGUUGCCGUUGGAGUGGUUGGACCAUUUCUUGCAGUGUAGUGAUUCGCUGAAGAUGGAGCAGGACAAAAUGAGAAGGAGUCUUAUGGUUCGGUAUACGUGUGAGCUCCGAGAGAAGUACUUUAUCUCCUCGGAUUUGCUGAAGUGGAGCCGCAUCAAUAGGAAGGUGAUCAGUUUCUUGUCUGGGCAUAUGAUGGCCGCUCAAGAAAAGGGUCGUAUGAAAACAGCGUCACCACCAACGUCGAGUGGUGGGCCGGGAGAGAUAUCUGUCAUUGACGAUAAGAAGAGAGGGACGAGCUGUCUUGGCAUCGGUUUCGAGCUGUAUGGGACUAUGGUUGGUCCCCAUACUGCGGGGGCGAAGAGCCCGUCUGAGGAGGAGGAGCCUGCUGUUCUCUCUGUUAUACCACCGUUGGCGCCUGCGCCGGUCCAUCUAACUGCCUUGUAUGGUAGGCCUAGCGUCUUUACAACGUAUGUUGACUCGGGCCAGGGGGUGGAGGAACCGGGGGCCUCGGUGCCUGGUCCGGGAGCUUACGACGUGCCGCUAGAUUCACUCGGCUGUCCACAAGUUCGCUCUCAUUGGCGUAAUGAGUCGUGUGUGACGAUGACGGCGAAGAAUGAGCAUUCGUGGUCGCGUGUAUUCAUAACGAAAAUGCAUGCUAAAGCUGUGAAAGGCUUGGAUGCUCCGGGCGCCGGGACGUAUGAUACCGACAGUGGCAGCCUCCGUUGUGAUAAGGCCAUCUCGUUCGCGCUGUCGAGGAGGCCAGAUCUGUCCACUCAGCUGGGGGCAGGGGAUAGAGAGAGUCCGGGGCCGGGUUACGUUGAUAUUCGCGACAAAUACAAAGAUGGCGAUGUAGCGUUGAGGCCUCGGUCGUCGGUGAGAUUCUCAUCGGGUGAGCGGUUCAGGAAGGGCCCGAUCAAUGGGCUGAAGGUGGGCCCUGGAGAGUAUGGAGACGUUGGCGAGUCGGCGAUCGACCCUAAAAGAAUGCGAAAGUCGUUCUCAGUUGGACAUAGAGCAUAUGAUAAGUAG